CCCCCAGUUUACUGUUAUAUCUAUAUAUAUCACAACUCCAUUAUAUUAUACAUCCAGAAGAUAUAUAUACAUAUACAUAUAUAUGUAUAUAUAGAUUAUAAAUGGAUAUUUGAAACCCAAUUCAAACUAACCCCUCUUCUCCAUCCUCAUUUGUCUUUUUACCAAAAACCCCAUCUUUUAAAUCCCAGUAAAUUAAAUCCAUGGGUUCUCUUUCUGAUGAUCAAGAUCAACAGCUUCACAGAUGGCCAACCUACUCCGAGGCCAUUGAAGAAAUGAAAGCUAUAGGGAAGAUUUCGGGCCCUACCGCCAUAACAGGGCUAUUAAUGUACUCUCGAGCCUUUAUCUCCAUGCUUUUCCUAGGAUACCUCGGAGAACUCGAACUCGCCGGCGGCUCACUCUCCAUCGGCUUCGCUAACAUCACCGGCUACUCCGUCAUAGCCGGCUUAGCCAUGGGAAUGGAGCCCAUUUGCGGCCAGGCUUACGGCGCGAAACAAAUGAAGCUUUUGGGGAUAACUUUACAGAGAACGGUUCUCCUCCUCUUAUCCGCGUCGAUCCCAAUCUCUUUUAUGUGGCUAAAUAUGAACAAAAUUCUGUUAUGGUGCGGUCAGGACGAGGAGAUUUCAUCAAUGGCGCAUAGGUUUAUAGUGUUCGCUAUUCCCGAUUUGUUUUUCCUGUCUUUGCUUCAUCCUCUGAGGAUUUAUCUUAGGACGCAAGGGAUAACGUUGCCGCUGACGUAUUGCGCCGCCGUGUCGGUGGUUUUUCACGUGCCGUUGAAUUUUCUGUUGGUUAGGUAUUUGGGGCUCGGGAUCGCCGGCGUGGCGGUGGCUAUGGUUUGGACGGAUUUUAAUCUCUUUGUUCUGCUCUGCUUUUUUGUUUAUUUCUCCGGGGUGUAUAAGGAGUCUUGGGUCGGGAUGAGCGUUGACUGUUUUAAAGGGUGGUCAACGCUCUUGGCAUUGGCGGUGCCGACGUGUAUUUCCGUUUGUUUGGAGUGGUGGUGGUAUGAGCUGAUGAUUAUGAUGUGUGGGGUGUUGGGGAAUCCUAAGGCGGCGAUUGCUUCGAUGGGGAUUCUUAUUCAGACAACCUCGUUGGUAUAUGUCUUCCCCUCGGCGUUGAGUCUGGGCGUGUCAACCCGGGUCGGGAACGAGCUGGGGGCGGGACGCCCGGUCCGGGCCCGGGUCGCCACGCUGGUGUCUUUAGCCUGUGCGUUUGGGCUGGGCGGGGCGGCGAUGGUGUUCGCCGCCCUGAUGAGGCACAAGUGGGGGAGAAUAUUUACAGCGGACCGAGAGAUCCUCGAGCUGACCGCCGUGGCGUUGCCGAUCGCCGGGCUCUGCGAGCUCGGGAACUGCCCGCAGACCACCGGCUGCGGCGUUCUCCGCGGCAGCGCCCGGCCGACCACGGGCGCCAACAUCAACCUCGGGUCGUUCUACCUCGUCGGAAUGCCGGUGGCUGUUCUCCUCGGGUUUUUCCUCAAAAUGGGCUUCCCCGGGCUCUGGCUCGGCCUUCUCGCCGCCCAAGGCUCGUGCGCCAUUCUCAUGCUCUUCGUCCUUUACAGAACCGAUUGGAAACUCCAAGCGGAAAGAGCAAAACACCUCACUACACAAUCUUCUUCUUCUUCUUCCACUGCCCCAUUAAGCAAACAGGCCCAGAAGAAGAGGACAGACAAUCUGGAGGAGAUUUUGUGCAGGAAAGAUGAUGAUGAGGAUAAUGAUGAGUUGGAGAAAUCAUCUGAUGUUACACUUGAAACUAUCCCUCUCAUUUGUACCACCACUACACAAAUUAUUGUACACUAAUUAUUACAAUAACUCCAAUUCUUCAUUUCCUUGAAUCGAUCAAUUCGAUCAUGUCUAUUCAUAUCUUAUCAUUUUGCACCUCCCAUCCUGCAAUGUAAUGUUAUAUGAACUAAUUUUCUUCAAAA